GAGAAAAGGAAAUGAAUUGUGGAUUGUAGCCCACAUAAUAGUAAAACGUAUUAAAUACAGAUGAAUAAGGAUCAGUAUCGGAGCACAUAAAGAUCAGUCUGCACAAGGAAAAUAUUUGUAUAGCGGCGUGCAUCCGAAGACAGCAUAGCAGAGAAAAUAACCGCAGGAUGGAAAGCACAAUCUGAUGCACUACAAGUAAACUGACAACGAAAGAGCAAAGGAAAUAGCUGAAUUGGACUGUGAGAGCAUCAUGGGAAAUCAGCUGGCUGGCAUUGCCCCUUCUCAGAUUCUUUCUGUCGACAGUUACUUCUCCGACAUUCACGAUUAUGAGUAUGACAAGAGCCUCGGUAGCACAAGGUUCUUUAAAGUGGCUAGAGCCAAGCACAGAGAAGGUUUAGUGGUGGUUAAAGUGUUUGCCAUCCAGGAUCCGACGUUACCUUUGACCAGUUACAAGCAAGAGCUAGAAGAACUGAAGAUAAGACUGCACUCAUCCCAAAAUUGCCUCCCUUUCCAAAAGGCCACCUUAAAUGAAAAGGCCGCCAUAUUGUUCCGGCAGUAUGUGAGGGAUAACCUGUAUGACAGGAUCAGCACCCGACCCUUCCUUAACAACAUUGAAAAGAAGUGGAUUGCCUUCCAGAUCUUGAAUGCAGUGGACCAGUCUCAUAAAUCGGGAGUCCGACAUGGAGACAUAAAAACUGAAAAUAUUAUGGUGACAAGCUGGAACUGGGUUCUGUUGGCUGACUUUGCUAGCUUUAAACCAACCUACCUCCCGGAAGAUAAUCCGGCAGAUUUUAAUUAUUUUUUUGACACCUCCCGGAGGAGAACUUGCUAUAUUGCCCCUGAGCGAUUUGUGGAUGGCAAUAUGUUUGCGACAGACAGCGACCAGACAACUCCGCUUGUGGACCUCGCGAGCACCAGUCAGCGCACACGAGGGGAGCUCAAGCAAGCCAUGGAUAUUUUCUCAGCAGGUUGUGUCAUAGCAGAACUCUUUACAGAAGGAGUUCCGUUAUUUGACCUUUCUCAGCUGCUGGCCUAUCGAAAAGGACAUUUCCAACCUGAACAGGUGCUCACCAAAAUUGAGGACAGGAACAUUCGUCACCUGGUUGCUCAGAUGAUCCAGAGGGAGCCAGAAAAGCGCUUAACGGCAGAAGAGUAUCUUAAACAACAGAGGAACAAAGCUUUUCCUGACAUUUUUUAUACGUUCCUGCAGCCAUACAUGGCUCAGUUUGCCAAGGAGACUUUUCAGUCUGCUGAUGAACGUAUUCUUGUGAUCCGCAAAGAUCUUGACAACAUCAUCCACAAUCUGUGUGGUUGUGACCAAACGGAAAAGACUGAAGGUGAAACCAAGGAACAUGGCCUGGUGAUUCUAGUAUCUGUCAUUACCUCCUGCCUUCAGACCCUCUGUUACUGUGAUUCCAAGCUGGCGGCUCUGGAGCUCAUUCUGCAUCUGGCAGGGAGGUUGUCGGUGGAAAUCUUGCUGGAUCGCAUCACGCCAUACCUGUUGCAUUUCUGCAAUGAUCCAGUGCCCAGAGUAAGGGCAGAAGCUGUAAGAACACUAACUAAAGUUCUCGCUCUUGUCAAGGAAGUUCCUCGAAAUGACAUCAAUAUCUACCCAGAGUACAUUCUUCCAGGAAUUGCUCAUCUAACACAAGAUGAAGCUACAAUAGUGAGAUUAGCAUAUGCAGAAAACAUAGCCCUUCUUGCUGAAACGGCACUUCGGUUUCUGGAAUUAGUGCAGGAGAAUCACCUAAAUAUGGAGCAAGAUUUAAAUAAUGAAGAAACUGAGGAAGCAUUACAUCUCAAUGAAAACUAUGACUCAGAACUGCAGGCCCUGCAUGAAAUGGUGCAGCAGAAAGUGGUGACACUACUUAGUGACCCUGAGAAUAUUGUGAAGCAGACCUUGAUGGAGAAUGGCAUCACCAGGCUAUGUGUAUUCUUCGGGAGACAGAAGGCAAAUGACGUGCUGCUUUCUCACAUGAUCACCUUCCUCAAUGACAAGAAUGAUUGGCAUCUCCGAGGAGCCUUCUUUGAUAGCAUAGUCGGUGUUGCAGCAUAUGUUGGUUGGCAGAGCUCUUCCAUCUUGAAACCUCUCCUGCAGCAAGGUUUAAGCGAUGCUGAAGAAUUUGUCAUCUACAAAGCCCUUAAUGCCCUAACCUGUAUGUGUCAACUGGGACUUCUACAAAAGCCACACAUUUAUGAAUUUGUCAGUGAUAUUGCUCCUUUUCUUUGUCAUCCCAACCUCUGGAUUCGUUAUGGAGCUGUGGGAUUUAUUACCGUGGUUGCUGUUCACCUAAAUAUAGCCGAUGUUUACUGCAAACUGAUGCCAUAUUUGGAUCCAUUUAUUUCACAGCCUAUAAUACAGAUUGACAAAGAAAUUGUUCUACUGAGUGUCCUUAAGGAACCAGUCAGCAGGUCCAUUUUUGACUAUGUUCUGAGGUCAAAGGAUAUUACCAGCCUUUUCAGACAUUUGCACUUGCGGCAGAAGAAGCGAAUAGGGACAAUACCAGAAUGCCCUCAUCCAGAGGACCCGGCUAUUGCCCAGCUGUUAAAAAAGCUGCUUUCUCAGGGAAUGACAGAAUCAGAAGAAGACAAGUUGCUGGCAUUAAAAGAUUUCAUGCUCAAAUCCCACAGAGCUAAGGCUAAUAUUGUGGAUCAGAGCCAUUCCCAUGAUAGCGCUCAAAAUGGAGUGAUUGACCUUGGAACUUUGGGAAUUACUGGGCGACAAGUUGACCUUGUGAAACCUAAGCAAGAGGCUGAAGACAAGCGAGCAAGAAAGCAUACAAAACAAGACUCUAACAUGAAUGAAGAAUGGAAAAGUAUGUUUGGCUCUUUGGAACCCUCCAACACAACCCAGACGGUUACCGAUGGUUCAAAUGUUCAGACAAGAAAAACAACAGUUUCGGUUCCUGCAGUAGUUCCUGUGAGUGGCCCGUCGGCUUAUCAAAGGCGAAUCACUACGUGUAAAACAGAGUUUCAGCAGCUAGUGCAACAGAAAAGAGAGCAAUGUAACGCAGAAAGGAUGGCAAAGCAAAUGAUGGAGAAUGCUGAAUGGGAGACAAAACCACCUCCUCCAGGAUGGCAUCCCAAGGGUCUGCUUGUUGCACAUCUUCAUGAGCACAAAUCAUCUGUGAAUCGCAUUCGGGUAUCUGAUGAGCAUUCCAUUUUUGCGACAUGUUCAAAUGAUGGAACUGUGAAAAUCUGGGACAGCCAGAAAGUGGAAGGAAAGACAACAACUACUAGGUCAGUUUUAACUUAUUCUCGCAUCGGGGGACACGUCAAAACACUUACUUUCUGCCAGGGUUCCCAUUAUUUAGCCAUUGCUGCUGAUAAUGGAUCGAUCCAGCUGCUGGGCAUUGAAGCAAGUAAGCCCCCCAAGUCUCCAAAAGUUCAUCCAUUUCAAACAAGGUUCUUGGACCAGAAGGAUGAUGGAUGUGUAGUGGACAUGCACCAUUUCAACUCUGGGUCACAGUCUGUGUUGGCCUAUGCAACAGCUUAUGGUUCCUUAGUUGGCUGGGAUCUGAGAUCUUCCACCAACGCAUGGACGCUGAAGCAUGACCUUAGACUGGGCCUCAUUACUUCAUUUGCUGUUGAUAUUCAUCAAUGCUGGUUAUGUGUAGGUACCUGCAAUGGCACUAUGGCAUGUUGGGAUAUGAGGUUUCAGCUCCCAAUUUCCAACCAUUCUCAUCCUGCAAGAGCUCGCAUUAGACGACUUCUUAUGCAUCCCCUGUAUCAGUCAUCAGUAAUUGCAGCUGUCCAAGGAAACAAUGAGGUGUCAAUGUGGGACAUGGAAACGGGAGAUAGGAAGCUCACAUUAUGGGCAAGUUCUGCUCCUCCACUCUCUGAAAUGCAGCCCUCUCCUCAUAGUGUCCAUGGGAUAUACUGCAGCCCUGCUGAUGGAAACCCGUUGCUACUGACUGCUGGAUCUGAUACAAGAAUAAGGUUUUGGGACCUUGUCUACCCUGAAAGAUCCUACAUUGUUGCAGGUGGUGCAAAUGAUUCUCUUCAUUGUCCAUCAGUUUUUUAUAACCGUAGAAUUAUUGAAGGAACAGAAGUGGUGCAGGAGAUUCACAGCAAACAAAAGAGUGGCUCAACAGAAGAUGUUCCUCGACGAGUGCCGGAGUCUCUGCCAGUUGGCCAUCAUGAUAUCAUAACAGAUAUAGCAACUUUUCAAACUACUCAGGGGUUUAUUGUGACAGCCUCUAGAGACGGUAUUGUAAAAGUAUGGAAAUAAGCACUUAAAGAAAAAGUAAAAAAAAAAUGUGUGUAUAUAUAAUCCCUGCUAUUUAAAGCUAAAAUAAUAUAAAUAGAGCAUUUAAGGGUUCAUAUUUUAAUUGUACCACCGCUGCAUAGAAAGAAUACCACACUAGCAAAAAUAUUUUUUGCAGUGCAGUAAGUCAAGUUAGAAUUAUUUUAGCAAAAUGUCUACUGUCCCAUGCAUAAUUAUGAGGAAGCACAAAUGUGCUGUUUUGCUGCUGUACCAAUUUGAAGUAUGGAGCCACUGUGUAUGUGGCACACACAUUAAUUGUGCAAUAAACAGUUAUUUGAGUUUUA